AAAGGAAUGUAAUUGAUGAAUGUUAUUGCUGGAGAAAGAAGUUAAUUGAAUGCUCUCUUGAGAAGCUGAACAACAAUGCCAUCUUGUGGUGAAAAUGUAAUGAUGCCAGAAUUUGAAGGUAGAGCGGUCUUGGAACACAAAGGUGUUCCUUCCCUGUCAAAACAUCAGCUGUCAAUCACAGACCAUUUCUUUAGCCUAUAAGUCUGAUUGUGGAGCUAUAUUUCUUCAUAAUCCACAUUGGGAUAACCUACAUGUAAAUGACAAAAUAUUGAAAAGUUAUAUUAAAAGUGAAUUCCCUUCCAGAAUAAAACCAAAGCAUAGCAAGCAGUGAAUGUGUGUAGUGGGAUCAGAGUGGCAGAUGUAGGUAACCUAGUCAGUCACAGCCAGCGCCUUAUCCCUUUAUCCUCUUCAGUGGAUUCUCUUGAGGGAGCAGCCGCUGUGCGUGGAAUGGCCUGGCUGGAACAGAUGAGGAUUAAGGGGUCUUAACUAGGACCUGACUCCCUUACAGGAGGUGUGUGCUAGUCAGGAGGAGAGAUGCACCAGGGAGAGGAGACAGGGAAGUGGAAGGGACAAAAGAAAAGGAUGAGUGGCGGUGGACGAGCCAGCUCGAGACAGGUCCUGGUUCUCUCAUGGCUGCUCGUUGUCCCCUCUCUGACCCAGGUUCGCCACUCUCUGCCAGUCUUGUGGAUCAUGCCACUGACAGACAACCCAGGGCAGGGAAACCUCACGGCAUCCGUGUUGCCUGCUGUCCAGCUCGCUCUAGACGACCUGAGCAGGCAGCAGACUCCUCUAAGAAACUAUGAGAUCAAUUUUCACGUCAUAGAUUCAGAGUGUGAUACUGCCAAAGGACUUAAAGCCUUCUUUGAUGCUAUAUGCUUUGGGCCAAAGUACUUGAUGAUCUUUGGAGGUUUGUGUCCAUCAGUCACAUCCGUCCUUGCUGAAUCACUACAGCGGUGGAACCUUGUACAGCUAUAUUUCCCUGCAACAACGCCUGUUUUAGAUUGUGAGAAAAAAUAUCCCAACUUCUUCCGAAUGGUCACCUCGGACAACACAGUCAAUCAGGCUGUUGUGAAGAUCCUACAGAACUACAAGUGGAGGCGUGUAGGAACUCUGACCCAGGAUGUACAGAGGAUCUCAGAGAUAAGGAGAGAUCUGACUAAACAGCUGAGCAAGGCUGAUGUUAUGGUUGCUGUAACUGAAAGCCUGUCCACUGACCCAUGUGUCAAUGUAAAGAAAUUGAAGGAUAUGGAUGUAAGGAUCAUUAUUGGGCUGUUUGACGAGAAUUCAGCGUCCAAAGUGUUUUGCUGUGCUUACAGCCUGAACAUGUUUGGCGGGAGGUAUCAGUGGAUCCUCCCUGGCGGUUACCAGGGGAGCUGGUGGGAGGAGGCCAACUCCUCCAACUGUACUUCAAACAACCUGCUGACCGCUAUGGAGGGCCAUAUCAUUGUGGACUUCACACACCUCAGUAACAGACAGAUCAAAGGCAUCUCAGGAAGGACCCCACAAGAGUAUGACGAGACUUACAACAGAGAGCUGCUGCAGAAAGGGUUAGUUGCCAGCAAGUUCCAUGGGUUUGCCUAUGAUGGAGUUUGGGUGAUGGUGAAAGCAUUGACCAGGGUCAUUGAGUCGGUAAGAUACAGAGAGAGAUAUGACAUCCACCGGAACUUCACAGUCAGCGAUAAGGAGAUUGGACGAAUGGUCCUGGAUUCCAUGAAGGAAAUCCGCUUUGAGGGUGUAACUGGUCAAGUUCUGUUUAGAAAUGGUGAACGCAUGGGAACUAUUAACUUAAGCCAAUUUCAAGAGGGCCGGGAGGUCAAGAUAGGCCAGUAUAAUGCUGAAGCAGAAGUAUUGGAACUCAUCAACCACUUAAUCAGGUUUCAAGGGAUGGAGCCGCCUAAAGACCGGACACACUCCCAGCGAUGGGAUGUCAGUGUUCCCCUCUGCAUCAUCUUGUCAUCCACCACUGGCCUGGCCAUGCUCAUGGCACUCUCCUUCCUCUUCUUCCACAUCAAGCACCGCAACCAUUGGGUCAUUAAGAAGUCCAGUCCGUCCAUGAACUACCUCAUUAUCCUGGGUACGAUGCUGGCCUGUACCUCCGUCUUCCUCUAUGGGCUGGAUGGAUCCCUUGUGACUGACAAAGUGUUUGUCACGCUUUGCCCUAUUCGCACAUGGAUUCUUUCUGUAGGAUACACCACAACUUUUGGGGCAUUGUUUGCAAAAACCUGGAGGGUCUGGACAAUUGUCAACAAUAAGGAGAUAAUGAAAAAGAUUAUUAAGGAUUACCAACUAUGGAUUAUUGUCGGGGGAAUGCUGCUGAUCGAUCUGUGCCUCUUAAUCUGCUGGCAGAUGGUGGAUCCACUCAGACGAACAGUGGAAGAGUUCAGCCUAGAGACUGAUCGUGGUGGUGAAGACGUUAAUACAAGGCCCUUCCUGGAGCACUGUGAAAGUACAAACAUGACUAAAUGGCUCGCCAUUGUAUAUGGCUACAAAGGGCUUCAAAUGUUACUUGGAUGUUUCCUGGCCUUGAGAACCAGGCAUGCACAUAUCCAUCUCCUCGAUGAUGAUGACAGCAAGUACACAAGGCUGAGCAUGUACUACGUGACCGUCAUGUCUAUCAUUGGAACAUCAGGGUGCUUCCUGACCCGGUAUAACCCUAAUGUACAGCUCUUCAUCAUGGCUUUGGUGGUCAUCUCCUGCUGUACCUGCACCCUGUGUCUGGUGUUCCUGCCAAAGCUUAUAGAAAUCAGAGACAAUCCCAACCAAGUGGAUCCAACUAGCUGGUUCCAAUGUGAUCCUAACCAGGAGGACUCGGAGACCUCCAGUUCCUCUAGCAGUCUCAAUCAGGGCAGCAGAUCUCUUGAAAGCCUGCGUACUGAAAACCAGCAGCUCUGGAGGAGAAUCACAGAGAUUGGUAACCAGUUGGAGGAUGUCGCCAUGCAAGUACUAGAGGAAGAGCUGAGUCCUCCCAGUCGACAGGGCCAUGAGGUGACAUUGAGAGCCCAGGUGUGCUCUGAGGAUGUGUCCAGGAUGAACAGGGAACUCUCUGAUGACAUCAACUUACCUGAACACGUGCAACGAAGACGGUCCGUGCAGCUGCCAAUUCUUCACCACGCCUACAUGCCAGCCAUUGGGGGAAUUUCUGCCAGCUGUUCCAGCCUUCUGAGAAAUCCCGACCUUCCUUUACCUUGACUGCCAUAGCGUCAUUCACAUCUGAAGUCAUGUUCAAAUCCAGACAAGUUCUAGCUACAUGUGGUGCUGACAAAGGUUUUGUGUGGUAAAUUACAAUAGGUGCUUUACUUUAGGAUUUUUAGUUGAUUAAUUGCAGUGGAAUUCAUGGAAAUCCCUGUGAUCAUGUUUCCCCUGUGUUUCCCAACAUGGGAGUAUCCUGUAUUGCAGCAGGAUACUGGCAGUGACUGUAUUUGCACUCUUGGUAACUACUCUGUGCUGUGGCGCUGCUCUGUCAUGUUGUCAAUCUGGGAAUUUCCUGGUCUGAUACUGCUAAAGCCCAGGAAUGAACUCCAAGGCAGAAAUUAACCCUUUACAGUGGUCAAAUAAAUAAUUGUCUUUCCAAACAUAGCCAAGAUGUUGUUUUCUCCAAGACAGAGGCAAUGUCUAAGAAAAUACAAGUUUAUGUUAUCAGUCUUUCAAAGAUGAUGAAUAAUCGGUUUGAGAGUAAACCAUUAAAUGCAACAAAAAAAUAAACAACUAUUUUGCAAUCCA